CGGAAGUCACCCGGGCGCCGCAACGCGCGCUGAGCUUCUGUUGCUGCAGGAUCCGAGCCGCCAUCAUGGUGCGGAAGCUUAAGUUCCACGAGCAGAAGCUGCUGAAGCAGGUGGACUUCCUGAACUGGGAGGUCACCGAUCACAACCUGCACGAGCUGCGCGUGUUGCGGCGCUAUCGGCUGCAACGGCGCGAGGACUACACGCGCUACAACCAGCUGAGCCGUGCCGUGCGCGAGCUGGCGCGGCGCCUGCGCGAUCUGCCUGAGCGCGACCCGUUUCGCGUGCGCUCCUCGGCCGCGCUGCUGGACAAACUGUAUGCUCUCGGCCUGAUCCCCACGCGCGGGUCGCUGGAGCUCUGCGAUUUCGUCACGGCCUCGUCCUUCUGCCGCCGCCGCCUGCCCACCGUGCUCCUUAAGCUGCGCAUGGCGCAGCACCUCCAGGCCGCCGUGGCAUUCGUGGAGCAGGGCCACGUGCGCGUGGGCCCCGACGUGGUCACCGACCCCGCCUUCCUUGUCACGCGCAGCAUGGAGGACUUCGUCACCUGGGUUGACUCGUCCAAGAUCAAGCGGCACGUGCUGGAGUACAAUGAGGAGCGUGAUGACUUCGAUCUGGAAGCCUAAAGGAUCUUCCCUCGCCAGGACUGCAUUUUACAGAUGGGGAAGCUGACCUGAGGCCUGAGAUUCUGUGAAGGCGCUCUCCCCAAGAGUGUCAGUCAAUGGUCUGUUCUUAAGAACUUGGCUUCUCAGCUACAGGCCACGCACAAAAUUUUCUUAACCUUUUGGACAAUUGGUAGUUAAAUGACUGCCUAAGAGACAGUGGGAAGCGGUUUUGUGCUGCCCCGGGGAAUUGUUCCAUUCUUGUACCUACAGCAUUGUAGUAUGAAAGCAAGGACUUGCGAGGGCGGUGGGGGGGGGGGGUGACUACCUCCGCCCCUAGCUUUUCUUUCAUUUCGCUGCACCAGGACGGUUUAGUUUAAUUUAUUUAACUCGAAUUCUUGCUCUUGUUCUUGAUUAAGCUGUGUACAGCUGUUGAAGAGUUUGGUCUUAAGUUUGCAUAAAGUGGAUGAGAUUUUAGUGUUCAGAGUCCUUUCUCUUUAAAAGAAUGCUCUCCUAAUGCCAAUAAAUGGCCUAACUGCUUUUUAAGUGCAAAUUUUUGUCUGGGUUUCUCAAGUAGGAGAGAUGUUUCUCACAUAGAUGAUUGUCACAUCUAUAGGUCUCCCUGGCUCAGGAGCCCAGAGAAGGAGCAGAGCAACAGCAGCAAUCUGCCUGUGGGUGAAGCCUGCAGCAGGGCCCACUUAGGGAGGCUGCAGGAUGUUAUACAGGGCUGGGCAAAUUUGUCACUUUACCAAUCCCUUCCUUGGAAUGAGUGUUUUGGCAGGGCUCUUCCCCACAGGACUUCCUGUUGAUAUUCUAGCCCCAGGAAAUACCGUAUUAGAGGGCUGAAGUGUUUGCUUGCCUAAGGAAAUAAUCACCGUGUAGCUUGGCCAUCUAGCGGUUAGAAGUGGCCCAGGAGAUUCCAGGGCUGCCUGCCCAGAGCAGCACCUGCACAGUCUCUGCCCAUCACAGCCUGCCAUCACUCCCUGCCCAGCCUAUAAUUUAGACAGAGGUUAAUGCUAAUUCCCCAGUUGGAAUGGGUUUUACUGAAAGAAGCAAAGGAUGGCUUGGGAGUCAGGGAGCCUAGCCUGAUGACAGUGGGGGGAUAUGAAGCAAAAGGAUCUGCUCUAAUCCAUCCCCCUCACUGGAAGGGAGAGUAGGGAGACGACCUCAUUUACCCAAGACUUCUACAAGAAUAGUAGAAUGCCAAGACCAGUGGAUUGCUUUUCUGUAUGCCUUCUCCAUUUCCCCAGGUGUAAGGCAGCAUUUGGUGAAGAAACAAACAAGGGAAGGUGACACUGGGGAUGACAGUAAAAGCAAAUGCUGCUAUAUGUCAGGCACUAAGUGCAUUACAUAUCUUAAUCCAUUUAAUCCAACAAUCCAAUGAUAUGGGAAGCACAAUUCUCUACUUUUCAGAUGAGGGAACUGAAGCAGAGAUUGGUUGAACUUCCUCAGAUUGCAUAGCUGAUAAGUGGGAGCUGGAAUGCUCCUUUAAGAGUCCUCCGGACUUUGGCAUAGCUAGCCCUUGGGAUACAUCAGAGUUUAGAGAGAGUCCCUGAAUCUGAGUUUCCAAGCCAGCAGAGAAGCAGCAGCACUAGGUAAUGUGGUCCGUCCCCAGCAGAGUGCUGUGUAAAGAUUUGAACAAGGAGCGGGCAUUGAGCUGCCAAGACUUGACUAACAUUCGUUGAGGCCCUGCCUCUGCUGGGCUGCUAUUUGCUCUUCCCAACAACCCUGACAGGUGGGUGGUGUUAUUCACACCUUUUCAGUUUGGCAAACAGAUUUGGGACAAGAACUUGUCCAAGGCUGGGGUUCAAGUCCAGGCUCAUACAACUCCAAAGGCCAUGUUCUUUUCAGUGCCUUUUCUUUUCCAUUCCUUUAGGAGAGGAAGGAGAGAGAAUCCCACUCCUCAGCUCUAGUGGCUGGGCAAAACCUUCACCCAUUUGAGGAGUGUCCUCAGGGCUCCCAGAAUUAGAGAUCUCAUAAGUGGGAGAGCUCUGAGGCUCUAGAAAGCAGGAACCCCCUGUGGCCAUCCGACUCUCACCAGGCCCCACAGGGCAAGGCAAGUAGACUGGUCCCUUUGGAGUCGUUGAAUCCUGCUCUUAUAGCCCAAGCAGAUAUAACUUCAAAGUUCGCUUGAAGGAAACUGGGUUUAGGAACUUAGGAGUAAAAUUCAAGAUUCUUUAGAAAAGCUAUUCCUUCUCUCUUUUGAGGGAAGAUGGGAAAGAAAUGACUUACCAGAAUUUGUAACCAGAAACUUUGGGCUUUAAAAAAAAAAAAGCACAAGACAAGGGAUUCAGAAGGAGGCUCGAGCUGGACUGCCAGGUCAGAACUGGGCCUUCUGUGCAUAAUUAGGUGUGUAACAUUGAUUAUUUUACUUAGCCUCUCUGUGCCUCCAUUUUCCUUGUCACAAAUGGUAAUAUAUGGUGGGGGGGGGGGGGAAUGGGAAUUAUUGUUUAAUGGGUCCAGAAUUUGGCAAUGAAAAAAUUUGGAAAUAGUGGUGAUAAUUGCACAACAUUGUGAAUUUAAUUAAUGCCACUGAACUGUACACUUAAAAAUGGCUAAAAUGACACAUUUUAUGUUAUAUAUAUGUAUAUAUGUGUGUAUAUAUAUAUAUAUACUUACCAUAGUUUUUAAAAAGUGAAAAAAAGUGGAGUGGGUAAUAAUAGUACUGACAUUAAAAAUCAUUGAGAGGAGUAAAUGGCUUCAUUCCCACAAAGCCCUUAGAGAAGCUCCUGGCAUGUGAUAAAACCCCAACGCUGAGCUCCCCCACCCCCUUAUCUCUCCCCAGGCCACAGAAGUACAGGGAGCGAAACAUGUUACAGCAAAAAAGCCUAAUGGAUUCAAAAAUGUAAACAGUGGGCAGGAGGGCAAAUUGGUACAACCUCUCAGGAGGGCAGUUUUACAACAUAUAUCAAGAACCUUAGAAACAUACAUUACAUACACAUACCCCCUGACCUAGAACUGCCACUUUCAAGAAUUCAGCUUAUAUAUAUUAUGGAUAUUUGCAAAAAAUUCAUUACAGGGAUAUUCAUCACCAUGUUUAUAAUAGAAUAAAAUAGGGAAAAAUUGAAAAUGUGUCCAGAGGGGACAGGUUAAAUUAUUGGAUAUCUUUAUGAUGAAGUGCAACUAUUAAAAAUUAUUGUAGCAAGAUAUUUAAGGCCUCAAAAAGUUAACAGUUAAAUAAAACAUAGAACUACCAAUAGAAUCCCAUUUUUCUGAAGACAAAUAUAAUCGUAGACAAAAUAAUGGAUAUAUUGUCUCUGAGUAGUAGUAGUGGUGGUGAUUUUACUCUUUUUCUUUGUGCUUUUCAGUAUUCUCCAACUUUUCUAUGAAGACUGUGCAUUAUACUAAGAUAAAUAUUACCGUUUUGUGUGAUCUCAGUCUGAAGUUGAUACCUGUGGCAAGUUUUCGGAAAAGGAACAUUUAGCUUUAAAAAGCAGUGUCUAAUCAAAGAGCAAAUGAAAUGGUCUCAUUAAAAGAGAGGAGUGAUGCUAACCUGGCUGCCCUCAGAAAGAGGUUUGGACAAAGAGAUCAGUGAGCUGAGAACUGGGAAUCAUUUCUCCCCCAAAUUCAGUGAGUCAAAGAAAGGUCAGUUUCUGGGUGCGGGGUGGGGAGCAGCGCUGAGGGGUUGGGGGGGAUGAAUUGGGAGAUUGGGAUUCACAUAUAUACACUACUUGUGUAUAAAAUAGAUGACAAGAAAAAAAAUCACAUUGUACACUUUAAAUAUAUGCAGUUUAUUGUAUGUCUAUAUCUCAAUAAAACUCUUUUUAAAAGGAAAAAGAAAAAAAAAAGGAAGAAGGGUCACCUUGGGAAUUUCCUGUGGUCCAGUGGUUAGAACUCGGUGCUUUCAAUGCCAGGGCAUGGGUUCGAUCCCUGGUUUGGGAACUAAGAUCCUGUUGAAACCGUGUAACUCAGGUUGGGACUUGAACCCAUGGUCUUUUAACUGAGAUCACAUACCUGGUCUCAGGACUUAAUGAAGCUCAGGUUCUUGAUGUCUGUCACAGAGAAUUCAGUGAGAGACAAAGUGAUGGGUAAGAAGUGGAUUUAUUAAGAGACAAACACUUCACAGACAGCGUGGGCCAUCUCAGAAGGUGAGAGCGUCACCAGGGCAUGGGCUGGGUAAUUUCAUAGGCUAAUAAGUGGGAGGGGUAUUCCAAUUAUUUUAGGGAAGGGGUGGGGAUUUCCAGACAUUGUGCCCCCUGCCCACUUUUUGACCUUUAUGGUCAGCUUUGGAACUGUCAUGGUGGCUGUGGGUAUGUCAUUUAGCUUGCUGAUGUGUUACAGUGAGCAGGUACUGAGGGCUCAAAGUCUAGUGGAAGUCAAUUCAUCCUCCAUGUUGGACUCAUUUGGUUCUAAUCAAUUUAUGUCGAGUCCUUGGGCUAAGGUUGUGCCUUGCCCCCAUCCCUCCUAUUUCACCAGCAAGCCAUGUGGUACAGCCAAAUUAAAUAAAUAAAUAAAUAAAUUUGAAAAGUAGAUCCUUAAAAAAAAAAAAUUAGAUCCUGGGACUUCCCUGGUGGUGCAGUGGUUAAUAAUCUGCCUGCUAAUUCAGGGGACAUGGAUUCGAGCCCUGGUCCGGGAAGAUCCCACAUGCCAUGGAGCAACUAGGCCAGAGUGCCACAACUACUGAGCCUGUGCUUUAGAGCCUAUGAGCCACAACUACUGAGCCCACAUGCUGCAACUACGGAAGCCCACUUGCCUAGAGCCCAUGCUCCACUACAAGAGAAGCCACUGCAGUAAGAAGCCCAUGCACUGCAAUGAAGAGUAACCCCCGCUUUCCGCAACUACAGAAAGCCCAUGCAGCAACAAAGACCCAAUGCAGCUGAUAAAUUAAAAAUUAAUUAAUUUUUAAAAAACCUGAACUUUAGGGGAAAAAAAAGUAGAUCCUACAAGUUUUUCAUCACAAGAGCAAAAAAAAAAAGGUCAGCUUUCCUCAGCCUCUGGGAGCCUGAUGUACCAUCACAACUUAGGCCAGCUUCCUAGAGGAGCUGAGUAUAUAGACAACGGAAUGCCUCAGGGAACCCUGCCCUUCUGCCUGAAUGUUAAACUGAAGUGUCUCUGUUCAGUUCUCAGGCGGACCAUCUACCCUGCCCACCUGUGAAUGGCUACAAGAAAGGAGAAAUUAACACAUCCCUCACCAAGGCUGGUCAUUCCAGAUGUUUUGCAAGACUGAUGGCCCUUUUACUUUACUUCCCUGCCACCUCUCCCUGUCUAUUCUACCUUUUUACUUUACUGCCUCUCCCUUUCUGAUUCUAUAAAAGAAACUGGCAUCCAUAGCCCCAUAAGAUGGUUUUUCGGAGAUGCUAGCCUGCCAUCUUCUUCGUCUGCCGGCUUUCUGAAUAAAGCCAUAUUCCUUGCCUCAACACCUCAUCUCCGAGUCAUUGGCCUAUCACGUGGUGAGCAGAGGGAGCUUGGAGCCAAGGUAACACUUUGGCUCCAUCUUUUAUUAACUACUUGAUGACAAAUAAGCUACCUCCCACCUCAGAGCCUGUUUGCUUAUCUGUGAAAUGGAGAUAAUGUGAAGAUAUCACAAAGCACUCUAAUGAGUUUAUAUGCCUAGAUGGACUCUUGGGCUUACCUCAUUGUCAAGUGAGGUCCAAGAGACUCUGGCUGGACCUGAAGAAUCAAAAGUAUAGGACCAAGCAGACCUGGGAGAAUUGUGGAUGAAAGCACAUCCCAGGCUGCCAUCCCACCUGAGGCCUGCUGCCUCCCUCCCUGACCUCCACGGGAUUUUGCACGUGAACUAUGUCAAGGUAAAAAUGUCUCUGACCACUGUGGUCACCAGCAGCUGAGGGUUUGGGGCUGAGCAAGCCAGAGGAGUAGCCAACAAUAGGGAGGAGGGGAGCUCAGGCUCAGUCUAUAAGGAAUUAAGUCAGAGCUUUUUGGCAGUGCCCAGUUCUGUGCCUACCUAGUCACAUGCCCCUCUGGUCUUGCUGUAACAGGGAAGAGCAAGAUCUGACUCCACGUUGGAUCUGUUUCUUUAACUUUUGCUUUUCAUCGUUUUAUUUUAAAAUUAAUUAAUUUGUUUGUUUAUUUAUUUAUUUAUUGGCUGCAUUGGGUCAUGAUUGCUGCGCACAGGCUUUCCCUUCCUGGACCAGGAAUUGAACCCCUGUCCCCUGCUUUGGCAGGUAGAUUCUUAACCACUGCACCACCAGGGAAGUCCCUUUGUUGCUUUUGUUAUUAUAAUCAUACAUAAUGGCCUGCCUCAGGGAACCCUGUCCCUCUGCCUGAAUGUUAAAGUGCCUUUGUUCAGCUCCUGGGAAGACAAUCUGACCCUUGCCCACCUGUGAAUGGAUGCAGAAAAGAGGAAAUUAACACAUCCCCUCCCUGAUGCUGGCCAAGCCAGGAGAUAUUUUGCAAAAUGAAUGGCCUUUUUACUUUACUUCCUCACCUCCCCCUUGCAGUUCUAUAAAAGAAACUGGUAUGCAAACACUGACAAGAUGGUUUUUGUGUAUGACACUAGUCCACUAUCUUCUUGGUCUUCUGGCUUUCCAAAUAAAG